AUGCUUCCACCAGAAACCGGAGCUGAAACUGAUGAAGAUUCUGGAGAUGAGGAUACCGUGUCUCCCGAUAACCUACCAUCCUCACAGCUUCGUGCUCCAGCUGAAAUAUCACUACCAUUAGAGGACUCAGACUCAGACGAUGACAAUCUUCCGUUGUCAAGGAAUAACAAAAAUAGGUAGACGCGAGGACGCUUUCUGCAGGAUGGCCGAGUGUUAGGAAAAGAUCGAAUCAGCCGUAUCAAUAUGUACGUGUGGUUUGGGUGAGUCACCACGGACCGGUCGGCAAGAACGACGGGAAAAAACACUCUGCCGAGCUGCAAAAAGUGAUUCACAUGGAUGUUGUAUUUAUUCGCAGUUUACCAUUCGAUGUAGAAAGUGGUACUUGUUAUUG